CGAGCGCGGCCCCGUCCCUGCGCACCCAGAUCUGCUGUGCUCGGCUCCCAUGUUCCGCUCUCGCCGCUCGGCGCUGGUGAGGCGGCUGUGGCGGCUCCGCUGCGCGGCCGCCGGCCCCGAGGACGGCCCCGGUGCGCUCAAACCCGCGGCCCAUGCCCUGUUCAAGAAGCUGAAGGAUGAGGAACUGGAGCUGCUGGUGCAGGCGGUGGAGACCCGCGGCGCCUGCGAGGCCGGCUGCGUGUGGGCGCCGCGGGGGGAGCCCCGAGGGGGGCCCAAGCAGGCGCUGCCCCCCCAGGUCCUGCUCUGCCGCCUCUACCGCUGGCCCGACGUGCGCCAGCCCCAGGAGCUCAAGCACCUCUGCUACUGCGCCGGGGGCCGGAGGGGCUGCGGGGACACGGCCGCUCUCUGCUGUAACCCGCAUCACUUCAGCCGCUUGGCUGUGCCCGAGACCCCCCCGCCCCCCUACUCGAAGGUGUCCUGCGGUCCCUCCUGGCCGGAGGAGCCCCCGUUCCCCAGCACGCAGCUCCUGGAGCUCAGCUACGACGGUGCGCACCGGCGCGACACCAGCCUCUCCCGGAGCACCAGUAAGGACGGCUGCUGGUGCAAACUGGCUUACUGGGAGCACCGCACGCGCGUCGGCCGCCUCUAUGCCGUGCACGAGGCUGCGGUGAACGUGUUCUCCGAGCUGCCCCGGGGCAGCGGCUUCUGCCUGGGGCAGUUACCGGCCGCUCACCGGAGCCGGGCCGUGAGGAGGGCACGGGGCAAGAUCGGCCGGGGGCUGCUGCUGAGCCGGGAGCCGGGGGGGGUGUGGGCCUACAACCGCAGCGAACACCCCAUCUUUGUCAGCUCACCCACCCUGGGCCCCCCCGGUGCCCGUGGGCUCCCGGUCCUCAAGGUGCUGCCUGGUUACUCGGCCAAGGUGUUCGACUACGAGCGUGUGGGGGGGGCCGGGGGCCGGCGGCUGCCUGGGGAGGGUCCCUGUGACCCCCAUAGCAUCCGCAUCAGCUUCGCCAAGGGUUGGGGACCCUGCUACUCGCGGCAGUUCAUCACCUCCUGCCCCUGCUGGCUCGAGGUGCUGCUGGACCGGCCGCGCUGAGGGGCUGCACUGGGGGCACGGGGGUGCCAGGGAGACCCCCCCAAAGCGGUUGGCAAAGGGGGGGCAUGAGCUGGGGGGACCCCCCCACUGCCCCCCAGCCUCUCCCUAUAGUGAGGCUGUCCUGGCCCAGGGCACCCUCUGCUCCAGCCUCGGGGUGGGGGGGAGCCGGUGCCCGCAGUGCCUGGGCCCUGCUGCCCGGCCCCAGACCUCUCCUUGGCCCUGGGAUUUAUUUAAUCUCUUUCUCUCUUUUUUAUUUUAUUUUAAUGGUUAAAUUUAUUUUAAUUUAUAUUAUUUUUGUAAAAAAAAAGCAAAGCUCGAGGCAGGAGCCCC